AUGCUUGAUAAUAAUGUUAAUAUGAGGCCAAUAGAAAUGUCUUCCACCAACCAUUUCUUGCAUCCCUUUCAAACCACGAACCAGUUCUCUCACCCUUUUCAAAUCAUCAAUCAGUUCUCGCAUCCUUUCAAACCACCAAAUAGUUCUCACACACUUUUCAAAUCACCAAUUAGUUCUUACACCCCUUUCAAAUCACCAAUCAGUUCUCUCACCCUUUUCAAAUCACCAAUCAGUUCUUACACCCCUUUCAAAUCACCAAUCAGUCCUCGACACCCUUUCAAAUCACCAAUCACUUCUCACCCUUUUCAAAUCACCAAUCAGUUCUCACACCUUUUCAAAUCACCAAUCAGUUCUUACACCUUUCAAAUCACCAAUCCAAUCAGUUCUCACACUCCUUUCAAACCACCAAUCAGUUCUUACACCCCUUUCAAACCACCAAUCAGUUCUCACACCCCUUUCAAAUCACCAAUCAGUUCUCACACCCCUUUCAAAUCACCAAUCAUUUCUCACACACUUUUCAAAUCACCAAUCAGUUCUUACACCCUCUUCAAAUCACCAAUUAGUUCUCAGUUUUCAAAUCACCAAUCAUUCUCACACCCCUUUCAAAUCACCAAUCAGUUCUCACACCCCUUUCAAAUCACCAAUCAGUUCUUUUCAAACACCCUCACACCCUUCAAACCACCAAUCAGUUCUUACACCCCUUUCAAACCACCAAUCAGUUCUCACACCACUUUCAAAUUACCAAUCAGUUCUCACACCUCUUUCAAAUCACCAAUCAUUUCUCACACCCUUUUCAAAUCACCAAUCAGUUCAUACACCCUCUUCAAAUCACCAAUCAUUUCUCACACCCUUUUCAAAUCACCAAUCAGUUCUUACACCCUUUUAAAAUCACCAAUCAGUUCUCACACCCCUUUCAAAUCACCAAUCAGUUCUCACACCCUUUUCAAAUCACCAAUCAGUCCUUACACCCCUUUCAAAUCACCAAUCAGUUCUCACACCCCUUUCAAAUCACCAAUCAUUUCACACACACAUUUCAAAUCACCAAUCAGUUCUUACACCCCUUUCAAAUCACCAAUUAAUUCUCGCACCCUUUUCAAAUCACCAAUCAGUUCUAAACCCUUUUUCAAAUCACCAAUCAGUUCUCACACCCUUUCAAACCACCAAUCAGUUCUCACACAAUUUUUCCAAUCACCAAUCAGGUCUCGCACCCCUUUCAAAUCACCAAUUAGUUCUCUCACCCUUUACAAAUCACCAAAUCAGUUCUUACACCUUUUAAAAUCACCAAUCAGUUCUUACACCCCUUUCAAAUCACCAAUCAGUUCUCCCACACCUUUCAAAUCACCAAUUAGUUCUCACACACUUUUCAAAUCACCAAUCAGUUCUCACACUCCUUUCAAAUCACCAAUCAGUCCUCACACCCCUUUCAAAUCACCAAUCACUUCUCACACGCUUUUCAAAUCACCAAUCACUUCUCACACCCUUUUCAAAUCACCAAUCAGUUCUCACACCCUUUUCAAAUCACCAAUCAGUUCUUACACACCUUUCAAAUCACCAAUCAGUUCUUACACCCUUUUCAAAUCACCAAUCAGUUCUCGCACACUUUUCAAAUCAUCAAUUAGUUCUCACACACUUUUCAAAUCACCAAUCAGGUCUCGCACCCCUUUCAAAUCACCAAUUAGUUCUCUCACCCUUUACAAAUCACAAAUCAGUUCUUACACCCUUUUCAAAUCACCAAUCAGUUCUCUCACCCUUUUCAAAUCACCAAUCAGUUCUUACACCCCUUUCAAAUCACCAAUCAGUUCUCGCACCACUUUCAAAUCACCAAUUAGUUCAAACCUUUUCAAAUCACCAAUCAGUUCUCACACCACUUUUCAAAUCACCAAUCAGUUCUACACCUCUUUCAAAUCACCAAUCAUUUCUCACACCCUUUUCAAAUCACCAAUCAGUUCUUACACCCUCUUCAAAUCACCAAUUAGUUCUCGAACCCUUUUCAAUUCACCAAUCCGUUCUCGCACCCUUUUCAAAUCACCAAUUAGUUCUCACACCCUUUUCAAAUCACCAAUCAGUUCUCACACACUUUUCAAAUCACCAAUCAGUUCUCACACCCCUUUCAAAUCACCAAUCAGUUCUCACACCCUUUAUAAAUCACCAAUCAGUUCUUACACCCCUUUCAAAUCACUAAUCAGUUCUCACACACCUUUCAAAUCACCAAUCAUUUCUCACACCCUUUUCAAAUCACCAAUCAGUUCUUACACCCUUUUAAAAUCACCAAUCAGUUCUCGCAGCCUUUUCAAAUCACCAAUCAGUCCCUGCACCCCUUUCAAAUCACCAAUUAGUUCUCUCACCCUUUUACAAAUCACCAAUCAGUUCUCGCACCCUUUCAAAUCACCAAUCAGUUCUUACACCCCUUUCAAAUCACCAAUCUGUUCUCCCACACCUUUCAAAUCACCAAUUAGUUCUCACACACUUUUCAAAUCACCAAUCAGUUCUCACACUCCUUUCAAAUCACCAAUCAGUCCUCACACCCCUUUCAAAUCACCAAUCACUUCUCACUCGCUUUUCAAAUCACCAAUCACUUCUCACACCCUUUUCAAAUCACCAAUCAGUUCUUACACUCCUUUCAAACCACCAAUCAGUUCUUACACCCCUUUCAAACCACCAAUCAGUUCUCACACCACUUUCAAAUUACCAAUCAGUUCUCACACCCCUUUCAAAUCACCAAUCAUUUCUCACACACUUUUCAAAUCACCAAUCAGUUCUUACACCCUCUUCAAAUCACCAAUUAGUUCUCGCACCCUUUUCAAAUCACCAAUCAGUUCUUACACCUCUUUCAAAUCACCAAUCAGUUCUCACACUCCUUUCAAACCACCAAUCAGUUCUUACACCCCUUUCAAACCACCAAUCAGUUCUCACACCACUUUCAAAUUACCAAUCAGUUCUCACACCCCUUUCAAAUCACCAAUCAUUUCUCACACCCUUUUCAAAUCACCAAUCAGUUCUUACACCCUUUUAAAAUCACCAAUCAGUUCUCACACCCCUUUCAAAUCACCAAUCAGUUCUCACACCCUUUUCAAAUUACCAAUCAGUCCUUACACCCUUUUCAAAUCACCAAUCAUUCUCCCCCUUUUCAAAUCACCAAUCAGUUCUCACACCCUUUCAAAUCACCAAUCAGUUCUUCACACCCCUUUCAAAUCACCAAUUAGUUCUCACACACUUUUCAAAUCACCAAUCAGUUCUUACACCCCUUUCAAAUCACCAAUUAGUUCUCGCACCCUUUUCAAAUCACCAAUCAGUUCUUACACCCUUUUCAAAUCACCAAUCAGUUCUCGCACCCUUUUCAAAUCACCAAUCAGUUCUCUCACCCUUUUCAAAUCACCAAUCAGUUCUUACACCCCUUUCAAAUCACCAAUCAGUUCUCGCACCCCUUUCAAAUCACCAAUUAGUUCUCGCACCCUUUUCAAAUCACCAAUCAGUUCUCACACCACUUUCAAAUCACCAAUCAGUUCUCACACCCCUUUCAAAUCACCAAUCAUUUCUCACACCCUUUUCAAAUCACCAAUCAGUUCUCACACCCCCUUUCAAAUCACCAAUCAUUCUCGCACCUUUUUCAAAUCACCAAUCAGUUCUCUCACCCUUUUCAAAUCACCAAUCAGUUCUUACACCCCUUUCAAAUCACCAAUUAGUUCUCACACCCUUUUCAAAUCACCAAUCAAUUCUUACACCCCUUCCAAAUCACCAAUCAGUUCUUACACCCUUUUCAAAUCACCAAUCAGUUCUUACACCCCUUUCAAAUCACCAAUCAGUUCUUACACCCCUUCCAAAUCACCAAUCAAUUCUUACACCCCUUCCAAAUCACCAAUCAGUUCUUACACCCUUUUCAAAUCACCAAUCAGUUCUUACACCCCUUUCAAAUCACCAAUCAGUUCUCGCACCCCUUUUAAAUCCCCAAUUAGUUCUCGCACCCUUUUCAAAUCACCAAUCAAUUCUUACACCCCUUCCAAAUCACCAAUCAGUUCUUACACCCCUUUCAAAUCACCAAUCUGUUCUUGCACCCUUUUCAAAUCACCAAUCUGUUCUCGCACCCUUUUCAAAUCACCAAUCAGUUCUUGCACCCCUUUCAAAUCACCAAUCAAUUCUCACACCCUUUUCAAAUCACCAAUCAGUUCUCACACCCCUUUCAAAUCACCAAUCAGUUCUCGCACCCUUUUCAAAUCACCAAUUAGUUCUCGCACCUCUUUCAAACCACCAACCUGUUCUCACACCUCUUUCAAACCACCAACCAGUUCUCGCACCCUUUUCAAAUCACCAAUCAGUUCUCGCACCCCUUUGAAACCACCAACCAGUUCUCACACCCCUUUCAAAUCAUCAAUCAAUUCUUGCACCCCUUUCAAAUCACCAAUCAGUUCUUACACCCCUUUCAAACCACCAACCUGUUCUCGCACCCUUUUCAAAUCACCAAUCAGUGCUCUCACUCCUUCCACAAUUGACGAAAAACAAUAUUGA